AGGGCCCCAUGGUUAUGAAUGUGUUUCAAUUUCAUAAUGCCUCCUGCUAUGGCAGACAUCCUUGACAUCUGGGCAGUGGAUUCACAGAUAGUAUCUGAUGGCUCCAUACCUGUGGAUUUCCUUUUGCCCACUGGGAUUUAUAUCCAGUUGGAGGUACCUCGGGAAGCUACCAUUUCCUAUAUUAAACAGAUGUUAUGGAAGCAAGUUCACAAUUACCCAAUGUUUAACCUCCUUAUGGAAAUCGACUCCUAUAUGUUUGCAUGUGUGAAUCAAACUGCUGUAUAUGAGGAGCUUGAAGAUGAAACAAGAAGACUCUGUGAUGUCAGACCUUUUCUUCCAGUUCUCAAAUUAGUAACAAGAAGUUGUGACCCAGGGGAAAAAUUAGACUCAAAAAUUGGAGUCCUUAUAGGAAAAGGUCUGCAUGAGUUUGAUGCCUUGAAGGAUCCUGAGGUGAAUGAAUUCCGAAUAAAAAUGCGAAAAUUCAGUGAGGAAAAGAUUCAGUCACUUGUGGGAUUGUCUUGGAUGGAUUGGCUAAAGCAGACAUAUCCACCAGAGCAUGAACCCUCCAUCCUUGAAAACUUAGAAGAUAAACUUUAUGGAGGAAAGCUCAUUGUGGCUGUUCAUUUUGAAAAUUGUCAGGAUGUGUUUAGCUUUCAAGUAUCUCCUAAUAUGAAUCCUAUCAAAAUAAAUGAAUUGGCAAUCCAAAAACGUUUGACUAUUCAUGGGAAAGAAGAUGAAGUUAGCCCUUAUGAUUAUGUGUUACAAGUCAGUGGAAGAGUAGAAUACGUGUUUGGUGAUCACCCACUAAUUCAGUUCCAGUAUAUCCGGAACUGUGUAAUGAACAGGACCUUGCCCCAUUUUAUACUUGUGGAAUGUUGCAAGAUCAAAAAGAUGUAUGAACAGGAAAUGAUUGCCAUAGAGGCUGCCAUAAAUCGAAAUUCAUCUAACCUUCCCCUUCCUUUACCACCAAAGAAAACGCGAAUUAUUUCUCAUGUUUGGGAAAAUAACAACCCUUUCCAAAUUGUCUUGAUUAAGGGAAAUAAACUUAACACAGAAGAAACUGUAAAAGUUCACGUCAGAGCUGGCCUUUUUCAUGGUACUGAACUCCUGUGUAAAACCAUCGUAAGCUCAGAGAUAUCAGGGAAAAAUGAUCACAUUUGGAAUGAACCGCUGGAAUUUGAUAUUAAUACUUGUGACCUGCCACGAAUGGCUCGAUUAUGUUUUGCUGUUUAUGCAGUUUUGGAUAAAGUGAAAACAAAGAAAUCAACAAAAACUAUUAAUCCCUCUAAAUAUCAGACCAUCAGGAAAUCUGGGAAAGUGCAUUAUCCAGUAGCGUGGGUAAAUACGAUGGUUUUUGACUUUAAAGGACAAUUGAGAUCUGGAGAUGUAAUGUUGCACAGCUGGUCUUCGUUUCCUGAUGAACUUGAAGAAAUGUUGAAUCCAAUGGGAACUGUUCAAACAAAUCCAUAUACUGAAAAUGCAACAGCUUUGCAUAUCAAAUUCCCAGAGAAUAAAAAACAACCUUAUUAUUACCCUCCCUUCGAUAAGAUUAUCGAAAAGGCAGCUGAGAUUGCAAGCAAUGAUAGUGCUAAUGUAUCAAGUCGAGGUGGGAAAAAGUUUCUUGCUGUACUGAAAGAAAUCUUGGACAGGGAUCCCUUGUCUCAACUGUGUGAGAAUGAAAUGGAUCUUAUUUGGACUUUGCGACAAGACUGCAGAGAGAAUUUCCCACAGUCGCUGCCAAAAUUAUUGCUGUCGAUCAAGUGGAAUAAACUUGAGGAUGUUGCUCAGCUUCAGGCACUACUUCAGAUUUGGCCUAAACUGCCACCCCGGGAGGCCCUGGAGCUUCUAGAUUUCAACUAUCCAGAUCAAUACGUGCGGGAAUAUGCUGUGGGCUGCCUGCGACAGAUGAGUGAUGAAGAACUCUCUCAAUAUCUUUUACAACUGGUGCAAGUUUUAAAAUAUGAGCCUUUUCUGGAUUGUGCCCUCUCUAGAUUCCUGUUAGAAAGAGCACUUGCUAAUCGGAGGAUAGGGCAGUUUCUAUUUUGGCACCUUAGGUCAGAAGUGCACAUUCCUGCUGUCUCCAUACAAUUUGGUGUCAUCCUUGAAGCAUACUGCCGGGGGAGUGUAGGGCACAUGAAAGUGCUUUCCAAGCAGGUUGAAGCACUCAAUAAGUUAAAAACUUUAAAUAGUUUAAUCAAACUGAAUGCAAUGAAGCUAAACAGAGCCAAAGGGAAAGAGGCCAUGCACACUUGUUUAAAACAGAAUGCUUACCGGGAAGCCCUGUCUGACCUGCAAUCGCCUCUGAACCCGUGUGUCAUCCUCUCAGAACUGUAUGUUGAAAAGUGUAAAUACAUGGAUUCCAAAAUGAAGCCUUUGUGGCUGGUGUACAACAAUAAGGUGUUUGGUGAGGAUUCAGUCGGAGUGAUUUUUAAAAAUGGUGAUGAUUUACGACAGGAUAUGUUGACACUCCAAAUGCUGCGCUUGAUGGAUUUACUCUGGAAAGAAGCUGGUCUGGAUCUUCGGAUGCUGCCUUAUGGCUGUUUAGCAACAGGAGACCGCUCUGGCCUCAUUGAAGUUGUGAGCACCUCUGAAACAAUUGCUGACAUUCAGCUGAACAGUAGCAAUGUGGCUGCUGCAGCAGCCUUCAACAAAGAUGCCCUUCUGAACUGGCUUAAAGAAUACAAUUCUGGGGAUGACCUGGACCGAGCCAUUGAAGAGUUUACCUUGUCCUGUGCCGGCUACUGUGUAGCUUCUUAUGUCCUUGGGAUUGGUGACAGACAUAGUGACAACAUCAUGGUCAAAAAAACUGGCCAGCUCUUCCACAUUGACUUUGGACAUAUUCUUGGAAAUUUCAAGUCUAAAUUUGGCAUUAAAAGGGAGCGAGUGCCUUUUAUUCUUACCUAUGAUUUCAUUCAUGUGAUUCAACAAGGAAAAACAGGAAACACGGAAAAGUUUGGCCGGUUCCGCCAGUGUUGUGAGGAUGCAUAUCUGAUUUUACGACGACAUGGGAAUCUUUUCAUCACUCUUUUUGCACUGAUGUUGACUGCAGGGCUUCCUGAGCUCACAUCAGUCAAGGAUAUACAGUAUCUUAAGGACUCUCUUGCCUUAGGAAAGAGUGAAGAAGAAGCACUCAAGCAAUUUAAGCAAAAAUUUGAUGAGGCACUCAGGGAAAGCUGGACUACUAAAGUGAACUGGAUGGCCCACACAGUUCGGAAAGACUACAGAUCUUAACGAUCAGCCUUUGCUCCUAAUGUAUUUGUUGGUUUCGUUUAGUUUUCCUUUUGCACUUGCACUAAAUUGUACAUGACCCUGCCAGAGAUAAAGGGAAUGAAAUCCUGGAACCCAGAGUUAAAUUAAGAACAAGGCAUCCCACAGAACCUAAUCUGAACAAUCCCUGAUGACCACCCUCUGCUUUUUGAAUGCUUCCAAGAUUCGUCAUGAAAACUGUCAACAUUAUGGAUAAUCAUUUUCUGCUGACUUUGCACGCCAAGGAAUGCUACUAGAGAUUGUUUUUUGUCUUUCUCUCUCUUUAUUUUUUUUUUACUUGGUACUUUUCUGGAAAGGUGUAAAUACUUCUUUUUCAUAUUGUGACCAAGUGUUAUCACUCAGCCAGCUUAUCCACACCUGGGGACUGGUGGCUGUUCUUACUUUCCAAAUGAGGCUUAAAAGAAAGGUAUCUUUCUUCCCUUUUUAAAUUGUGUAAACUACAACUUAUAAUAUAAUUUGAAAUUAUGAUUAUUUUUCAAAAGAAAUCUUUUAAACCUGUGGAAACAUUAAUUCUUUUGUGGAUAUUUGUCUACCACAAUAGUAUCAUCCCAACCAGACUUGCUGAAAAUCUUCUGGUGAGGCAAAUAUAAUAUAUAUGCUGCGUAUAUAUUUAUAAAAUUUCUAGUGGGAGUUCUAUAUAAAAAGAUGUUUCUUUGGUUUUCUUCAUCCUGUGUUUUAAAGUUUUACAAAAAGCAGAGCUUUUUCCUGAGCUACUUUUUAGUUAACCACGUGAUCCAGUUCUUCCAGCUGCUUCUGUGAUGAGGCACAUGUUAAUACAGUUUUACAUGGUAUCUAUGAAAGAGUUCACUUCAUAGAGCGUAAUAUUUGAGCGAAUGUACCCAAAACAGAAAGCAAAUGAAAAGGAAACUUUAUGGAAUAAACUCCAGACCUAAAAUUCAGUAUUUUAGUAAAAUGCCAGCUGUUCUUACUAUAUUUAUUAAAACUUGUGAUAAUGUGAUUUUUCAAGGAUAUUAGUUCAAAUUGAAAUGGUUUCAUGCCACAUGGAAUUCUUUAAUUUAUUUGUUGAGGUACCAUAUAUUUAGGGUGCUAGAUGGCAAAUAAUGUUAAUAUGUGCAAUAGGAACUACUGGUUUGAAUGUGUAAAUGGAUGCUCUUUCUGAGUAUUGACAACAUCCAGCAAAACUACUGCUUAUUCUCCAAAGACUAUUGGGAGCUCUCAAUCCUCAAAGACAUGGGAAAGAGAACUGAGUAUUUGCCCUGUGACUGAGUUUUCUAUAGGAAUUUUAUUAAAGAUUGUUUAAUUUUGUUGUUCUCCUUAAUGUUUUCAGUCAAAUAAAUGGGUGAGCUGGUUUUGGCUGCUCUUGG